CUGUGUCUAUGCGAUAGAUUGGCCGUUCCUCAACUCGAUCGUUCUCUUGCGGACAGAUAACGUUAUCAAAAUAAGAAUGUUUUCAAAAUGGACCUGUUUGUGGACUUUUAUAUUAAAUCUUGCAGCAAUUGCAAAAGGUAUUUCAGUAUCAUCAGAUACGCUCACGUGUACUUAUAAUGGUAGCGUGUAUAGUCGAGGUGAUGCGUGGGUAGACGACCACGUGUGUGGAGUCUGUGUGUGUAACGAGUACGGGUCACAGUGCUACGCGAAGCUUGAAGGGUAUUGCAAAUUAAACAACACUGUAGCUAAGGCAGGAGAGCCUGUAUGUAUGUACGGCCUGAAACCCUACUUGGUUGGUGACGUAUAUUCUGCUCUGGAUGGCUGUAACAAAUGUCUCUGUACAGAGCGUGGUAUGCAGUGCACAAUGAAGGCGUGCAGUUCUACCGGGUUUGAAACUCCCAGCAAAGAGCCGCUCUAUGGAGAAUGCCAGUAUGAUGGUGGAUGGUAUAGACUUCACACGCAAUGGUUAGCUCGUGACGGAUGUAACACGUGCUUCUGUCAAACUAUUGGAAACUACAGGGGAGGUCACGUGUGCACGACCAGCAAAUGCCCGUGCAGUACAGUAAACGCGCCAGUAAUUACAGGUUGAAUUAAAACUUUUGUCGGUUAAAAUAAACUAGAGCUAUCAG